UUUUAUCAGUGUAUAAGUCCUGCUUACUUAUAUAAUAUAACAUCUCUCAUGUAUUCUAUUGCUGUGUGACUUCUUAUCCUAACUCGGAGUUUGUGACAAGUAAAGGUGUUUUCUUUUUAACAAAUAACCUCUUGAGCAUUUCAAGACUCAACCUUUUUUCACACCCCCAUCCCCACCCUUCCUAUGAAUUCUUGAUUGUUGUUCUAUUUGGUUGUAGUUGAAGUAGAAUAAGAAAUUGAACAAAAGUUGUUUUCUUGAAAAACAAAAAAGAAGUUCAAGAAUGGCACAUUUGAGCUAUAUGUUAACUGUGUUUAUACUAGUUGUCUUGUUAUCAAGAAUCCAACUUGGGAAUUCCCAGUUGUUUUUUCAUGAUCAGGAAGUAGUAGAAGCAAUUGGUAAAGAGUUAUCAGUACCAGGUUGGGAUGUAAACACAACUGAUUACUGUUCAUGGAAUGGCAUUGUUUGCACUUCCAACAAUUCAAUGGUUGUUGAAAGGCUUGAUCUUUCUGGUUUUAGAUUACAAGGUAAUGUAACACUUAUAUCUGAGCUCAAAGGUUUGAAAUGGUUAGACUUGUCUAAUAACAACUUCCAAGGUUCUAUUCCAUUAGCAUUUGGUAAUUUGUCUGAGUUGCAAUAUCUUGAUUUGUCAUUUAACAAGUUUGGAAACUGCAUUCCUAGUGAAUUAGGUAUGCUUAGAGGGCUUAAAGCAUUGAACCUGUCGAAAAAUUCGCUUACUGGUGCUAUACCUGAUGAGCUGAUAGGGUUGGAAAAUUUGCAAGAUUUUCAAGUUUUUAGUAAUAAGUUGAAUGGUUCCAUCCCGUUGUGGAUCGGUAAUCUGACCAGUCUUAACGUGUUUACUGGUUAUGAGAAUCAGUUUACUGGUAAUGUACCUGUUAACUUAGGAUUGUAUUCGGAGCUUACGUUGUUAAAUCUUCAUUCGAAUCAGCUUGAAGGUGGUAUUCCUGAGAGUAUUUGUGCUAAUGGAUAUCUUGAGUUUCUUGUUCUAACUCAGAAUAAGUUAACUGGAACGAUCCCUGAAUCAAUUGGGAGGUGUAAAAGACUUUCUAGUAUUAGAAUUGGGAAUAACAAGUUGUCUGGAGGUGUCCCUAAAUCGAUCGGGAAUAUUAGUAGUCUGACUUAUUUUGAAGCUGAUAGUAAUAGUUUGUCUGGUGAGAUUGUGCCCGAGUUUGCUAAGUGCUCGAAUCUUACGCUGCUUAAUUUAGCUUCGAAUGAGUUUAAUGGAACGAUUCCAGCUGAGUUUGGUAAGCUUAACAAUCUUCAAGAGCUGAUUGUAUCGGGGAAUAAUCUUUACGGAGAGAUUCCAACUUCAGUACUUAGGUGUAAGAAUCUGAAUAAGCUAGACUUGAGCAACAAUAUGUUCAAUGGGACUAUACCGGUAGAUAUAUGUAAUACGUCGAGAUUGCAGUAUUUGCUGUUGGGGGAGAAUGUGAUUCGAGGGGAGAUACCUCUUGAGAUAGGGAACUGUGUGAAGUUGCUUGAGUUGGAAAUGGGGAGUAAUGAACUUACCGGAAGUAUCCCUCCGGAGAUUGGUCAUAUGAAGAACUUGCAGAUAUCGUUGAACUUGAGUCAUAAUCGUCUCCGUGGAAAGCUGCCGCAGGAUCUAGGGAAACUUGACAAGUUGGUUUCUUUAGAUGUAUCUGAUAAUCAGCUCUCUGGGAAUAUACCUCUGGCGUUGAAGGGCAUGCAGAGUUUGAUAGAGGUUGAUUUUUCGAGCAAUGAAUUCACCGGUCCAAUACCGGCUUUUGCACCGUUUCAGAAGAGUCCUAAUUCGAGUUUCCUCGGAAACAAAGAUCUUUGUGGUGAUCCUCUGAGUGGUGGUUGUGGAGAUUUAAAUGGUUAUGACCACAACAUUUACGGUCACAAGGUCUCUUAUCGGAUUGUUUUGACUGUUAUUGGUUCUGGUUUAGCAGUUUUCGUAUCUGUCACGGUGGUUGUUUUGCUGUUCAUGAUGAGGGAGAAACAAGAGAAAGCUGCCAAGGAAGCAGCAGCUGGAAACAAUACCAUCGACGAGAUCUCUAGCAGACCAGUGAUACUAGCGGGAAACAUCUUCGUUGACAAUCUAAAGCAAGCAAUUGAUUUCGAUGCAGUUGUAAAGGCAAUCAUGAAAGACUCAAAUAAGACUUGUGUUGGUACUUUCAGCACUGUCUAUAAAGCGGACAUGCCUUCCGGGAUGAUUUUGUCGGUGAAGAAGCUAAAAUCCAUGGACAGAACUAUAAUUCAUCACCAGAGUAAGAUGAUCAGAGAGCUCGAAAAGCUUAGUAAGCUCGUUCAUGAUAAUCUGUCUAGGCCUAUCGGGUUUGGAAUCUAUGAAGAUGUUGUUCUUCUGUUGCAUGAGUAUCAUGCCAACGGAACGUUGACUCAAUAUCUUCAUAACUCUAGCCAGAAUCCUGAAUAUAAACCCGACUGGCCAACAAGACUUGCCAUUGCCACCGGAGUUGCAGAAGGAUUGGCGUUCCUUCAUCACGUUGCUAUCAUCCAUCUUGACAUUUCCUCCGGGAAUGUGCUUCUUGAUUCUAAUUUCAAGCCUUUGGUUAGUGAAGUUGAAAUAUCGAGGCUUCUCGAUCCAUCUAGAGGGACUGCAAGUAUCAGUGCUGUAGCUGGUUCAUUUGGAUAUAUUCCUCCAGAGUAUGCGUAUACAAUGCAAGUAACGGCUCCUGGAAACGUUUACAGCUAUGGGGUUGUUUUGCUCGAGAUCCUAACCACUCGACUACCUGUAGAUGAAGCUUUUGGUGAAGGAAUAGAUUUGGUUAAGUGGGUACACGGUGCACCUGCAAGAGGGGAAACACCGGAGCAGAUACUCGAUGCAAAGCUCAGCACCAUAUCGUUUUCUUGGAGAAAGGAAAUGUUAGCAGCGUUGAAGGUUGCGUUGCUGUGCACUGACAUGACACCAGCAAAACGACCAAAGAUGAAGAAGGUGGUUGAAAUGCUGAAAGAAAUCACCGAAAGCUAAAUGAAGUUUGUAUCAUCAAAUCAAAGUAUGUCUUGAUCGAUCUCAGUCUCUUCGUAUGUGAAUGUUCCUGUAAAAAUACAAGUGUAUGAUAUUAUUAGUCGAGGGGUCAAAAUGGUCGAAUUUCAAGUGUAUAACAUGUCUUAUCACUUUGUUUUCGGGGACUCAGUCAUAUGAUUACACGUUCUUUUAUCCAGAAAAUGUAAAUGGAGACGAUGCAGAUUCAUACAAAUAUAGCAUUAUCUUUCAUUUUCCA